CCUAAAAAAAUCUCAAUAUUCUUAUGUUUAACCUCGUGAACUAGAAGAGACACUACAUGGCCAGAACCAUGGUCCCGGGGGUGAGGUAUGCUCCUAGUCGCACCAAGGAGCAGCACUUCCCUCCAAGGAGUUUUGGUGGAAGCGCAACCAUACACCCUAUAUACUCCUAUAUAUUAUAUAUAUUAUAUAUUAUAUACUUACAGCACUACAUACUACAUGACUAUAUGAGAAUAUCAAGAAUUCCUGUUUGUGACAACAGCCCUUUCCAACAGAACCAGAACAGAACUUCUAACCAAUACAUCAACAAGAAGUUCUGUUCUAGAGCCCCCCUGUAGGAUCACUACUAGGAUUUACAGGGAACAGGAGCAACGGAAAGCAGUUUAUCAUCCUCUACACUAAUAACAACACAGGAAAGCAGCAGAUCUAGACUUAAUGAUUCAUUAUGAUUCAGUUUACCAUACACUAUUCAAAUUAUCUAGUACACUUUAUUUUGUGAAUUAGAGUUCCUUGUGUUAAUAGAGGAUAUUUCCAUGAGUAAAAAAUAAAUCAAUUUUUAUUCACGUGUAUACACAUUUGUAGUCCUCUCCAGUACUGAUUCUACAUGUUCUACACAGUCAGCAUUUGUGGAAUCCAACUACCAAAACCAUUAAGAACUGAAAGCGGAGACACAUAUACUACAGGACCAACAACAAAAGCAGGCAGGUUACUACAAGAAUGAUACAUAUACUAGUGCUCAACUGGAGGAAGUAUCAUUUAUUCUUGAUGCCCUGCUCUUGCAAUACUAGUAGUUGCUCUAGUACUUCUUCCUCUUGUUCUUUCUACUAGUAGUAAUAGUACUGCAUGGCUCCAAAGGGGGGAAAAGAACUCAUUUGUUCUGUAAAGUAUUGAAAUCCACCAUCCUGUUCAAGGAAAUAAGAAUAUUGGCAAGACUACCUCCUUGUACCCUUUUGGGUCCAAAUUACAACAUGACAGCAUUUUAACAGUGGUAUUAAUUUUACAGUGCUCUGUGCAUAGAACAAUAGUCCUAAUUCUGACCAGCACAGGCAAGCUGUCAAUAUUAAAAAAGAAACUAUUUUAUAUCAAUUUUGAGGAGUCGCUGAUACAGAGGAGGCUAUGCAGAGGAUGCUGAUAUGGAGGAUGCUGAUAUGGAGGAUGCUGAUACGGAGGCUUGUUGAUAGGGAGACUCACUGAUUUGGAGGACGCUCGCUGAUAUGGAGGAUGCUGCUACAAAGGAUGCUGAUACCAACAAGCCAGACAAGAUUUUUUGCUGGUGUUUCUCUUGUAACCCACUUGGUUGAUGGAUCCACAACUUCCAGAUCCUUGAGCCCUUAAUGUAGUAAGGAUUAGAACACUUGUCUUGUGAGCGUGAUUGGUUGCAUAUUGAUGAAGAACUAAAGAGGUGACACCAGCUUGCUCUGCUGGAGGUUGUCUUAAUGAGUUUUUUUUAAUUUUCAGUGUGAAGAGAAAUCAACAAGCUUGAAAAGGUUCUCUAGCAAGAAACUCAUACAAUAYGCACAUGUACCAUCAAAAGACAAGAGGAGAAAACACUUUCCGACUGACAGAUUCUCUAAUUCUGAUUGGUGGUGCUUUGCUAGCUUGUUUAACAAACAGGCAGAGACAGCUAAAAACUGGUUCAUUUCAUUGUACUCAUAACAUGUUAGGAAUCAAUAGUAGUCUUAUUUUGAACUCAAACAAGUACGGUACUAUAGGGGACGCAUUAGAACAAAAAUGGGACAUGUUGAUUAGUAUCACAUUCUGUUACUGUUUGUACCGGUAUGUUAUUUUGCCGUUAUAAAGUGGAAGUACGGUAGGUACAAACGUACGACUGCAAUCAUUCUUGUAUUAGUAUGAAGAUCUGCUGUGAUACACGUGCUGGUUCAAUCGUGGGCUGCGACAUAUUUAAGUGUUACCACCAAAGAAUUCGUUCCUUGUUUCCUACCGGUAAGUUCAAGAGUAAUCACAGUCCUGUAUUAAAUUAGAUGAUGUACCGUAAAGUACUACGUACUACGUACAUCACUGGGGCCGGCAAAUGUUUCUGCCAGUACGUACCGUACGGUAUGGUACAAAAUAAUGAAUGCUCUGUGCAGUUUUCAUCGAAGCGAUCGUACGUACUCGUACUUUCUCGUAGUCAAACUGUGUCGAAAUGGUCCAUACGCAUGGAAAGGCUUGUCGGGUCUACGAGAAAGGUAGGUACAAGUACGAACGAGCUAAUGUGACAACUUGGCGGUGUAAACAUCACAAAAAAAUUACUUUCUUUUCUGAGACAACACAAAAUCAGCCACCGUCGUAAAAACACCGGGAUCAUCAUUAUUGAAAUCGUAACCACACAAUACAGACAACAACAACAACAACAACAACCCCACCAAUAGCACAAAUUACAUCGAAUCUUUUCGCUAAUUUCAACAUGGGUACUACCAUAAUCUUCCACAUCACCUUGGACUACCUAGCCAUUUUGGUCGCAUUUUCGUUUCUUUUCACCCCUGUCCAAUCAAUGGAGACUCCAAAUGGAUAUCUGUGCAACCUUUGCUACAGCCGUGAAAACGAAUAUCACUACCCACCACCAUCGAUCGAACAAAAAGUUGUUCGGUUCACGUCACCGAUAUCAUCAACCGCGGCAAAAUMUGAACAACAAGAAAGAGAAAGCACCACUGUCACGUCGAUCAAUGUAGCCUUUGGAAUGCCCUGGGAUAUUGGAACUACUUGUAUAGAUGUCUGGAAUAAGGUCCUCGAUUAUAAAAAUCCAAACAUCGUUGACGAGUCCUCGUGCAGGAGCAUGGCUGCGCUCUUCGCUCCGCAGUGCUGCAACCAACACGAACACGAACGCGAACGCGAAGAAGUCAGUGUGAAGGAAGCGAGCUUUACUGGGUUGGAAGAAAACAAAACCCAGACAGAACUACGCGAAAGCAUCGGCAGCGAUAGCCAUAACUUACAGCGACGCGGACGAAGGGCCGCCGCGACCUCUUACAAUCUCCGGGGGUAUUCCUUAACCGGCUACGAAAUAAAACGACGAUAAACUUAAUAGAAUGCAUCCAAGGACCAACCAGAAAUGGGAAAUGAACGAACAGAACAAAACAAAGGGAACCACGACGACCAUUGCUACAUAUCGAAGUCAUCAGAUGUAAUAUUAUCCCAAACAACAUCCUUAUGGUUGUUUCGAUACCUGCGUCCGGUAGCAUUUCACGACUACCAUCUGUUCUACUCCAUACAUUCAAUAGAAGAAAUGAUCUGUACAGUGAAUAAUAAUACGAUAGAUAAAAC